AUGGGUACCAAUGUUGAUUGUCUUGAAAAAUCAUUAUUAAACUUUAAGCAAGUUACGGAAAAGCCUGAAGUAUUUUUAGAAUUAGACGAGACUUUCGUAGAUUCGAUAAAAUGCAAUUUAAAAGAAAUAUACGAUUUUACAAAAACACAGGAAAAUGCAGGUCAUUCGAAAGGAUUAAGUAAAUUACUUAUACAAAAAUUUGAUACAGAACAAAUAUGGCAACAAAUUGAUCUUCAAAAUAACGAUGUGCUUUCUAAAUCGUUGAAUACAGUUACGAGAUUGGUAGUGAACAAGAAUAAAUUAAUUUUUUCAAACUUAGCUACCAAAGAAGAAGAAGAAGAAGAAGAAGGUAUUGAAAGUGAUGCUAACAGUACAUCAGAUAUUUCUAAUCACAUCGAGGAACAAAAUAUAGAUGAAAUAAACGAAGAUGAUGAUGAUGAUAAAGAAAGUAAUAAUGAUGAAGAUAUGGAGGAGGAAGAUGUUACUGCGGAAGAAGGAAAUCCUUCUAAAGACAAGUUUUUCAAUCUAGAAGAAAUGGAAAGCUUUCUUAAUAAUGAAGACAAAAAAUUGAACCAACCAGAAGUUAAAAAUGGGGAGGAAGAAUCCGAUUCUGACAAAGAAAGUAUAAAUUUGUUCGAGGAAGAUGAUGAUGAUGAAGAUAUUGAAGAUGAGGAAGUGGAUAAAAGCAGAAUGGCGAAGUUUAAAGAUUUCUUCAGAUCAAAUCAACCGCAGAACAAAGAUUUCCCGAAGAGGAAUAAAUUCUUCGAUGAAUUAAGCGAAAAUGAAAACGAUGAAGAACCACAGAAAUCAUCAUUGGAAUUGAGACAAGAAAGACUUCAAAAGCGAAUAGGAGAACUCGAAGAAAAUGCAAUUUCCGAGAAACCCUGGACACUUAAGGGGGAAAUUCUAGGCGACAAUCGACCACAAAAUUCUCUAUUAGAAGAAGUUCUCGAAUUCGAUGUUACUUCAAGACCAGCUCCUGUUAUAACCGAAAACACCAGUUUUCAAUUAGAAGACAUCAUCAGGCAAAGAAUAAAAGAUAAAGCUUUCGACAGCGUUAUAAGAAAAGAAAAACCGAUAGAAACUCCAUUGGAAUACAAGAAAAAAUUGACCUUAGACCAAGAAAAGAGCAAACAUUCCCUAGCACAAAUCUACGAAAAGGAAUUCCUGGACCAACAAGCUGCUUUGGAUCCAUCGCAAGCUGACAAAGAAGAAGAAGAGCCCGCUUUGCACAAAGAAAUAAAAACCAUGAUGAACCAAUUAUUUAAUAAAUUAGACGCCUUGUCUAACUUCCACUUCACGCCUAAGCCUGCUCUGCCCGAGCUCAGAGUCGUUAAUAAUAUGCCUGCUAUAAGUAUGGAAGAAGUGGCUCCCAUUACGGCCAGUGAAGUCUCCCUAUUGGCCCCCGAGGAAAUUAAAAACAAACCGAAAGGAGACAUUUUAGGUGAUUCAGAAAAGACGAAAACCGAUAAGAAUCGAUCGAGAAGGAAGAAGAAAUUAAAACAGAAACACCACAAAGAAGCUAUUAGUAAGAAUACUAAAAUGGGUGAUGUUCUUAAAAAUCGAAACACCCAAAAGAUGGAAGAAACGAGCGGGAAGAGUCUUAAAUCCUCGAAAGCCUUCUUUACGCAGCUACAAGACCAAGCUCAAGCUCAUAUUAACAAGAAACUUGAAAUAUCAGGGAAGAAGAAAGAUAAAAAUAAAAUUAACGCAAGAAAAGUGAAAUUGUAG